AUAUCUCUGGUUCUUUUUCAUGGCUGACGUUCCAAGGAGCUAACUGCAGUCAUGAAGCUGAACGUUUCCUACCCGGCAACGGGAUGUCAAAAAUUAUUCGAAGUAGUAGACGAGCACAAGCUCCGUAUCUUCUACGAGAAGCGCAUGGGCGCGGAAGUAGAGGCUGAUCAGCUAGGUGAUGAAUGGAAAGGUUAUAUCCUUCGUGUAGCAGGCGGUAACGACAAGCAGGGUUUCCCCAUGAAACAGGGUGUCCUCACUAACAGUCGUGUCCGCUUGUUGAUGUCAAAGGGUCAUUCUUGCUACAGACCCCGUCGUGAUGGUGAAAGAAAACGUAAAUCAGUCCGUGGCUGCAUUGUCGAUGCUAAUCUUUCCGUGCUCGCUCUUGUAAUUGUCCGUAAAGGAGCCCAGGAAAUUCCUGGACUUACUGAUGGCAAUGUUCCCCGCCGUCUAGGUCCUAAACGUGCCUCCAAGAUUCGCAAACUGUUCAACUUGACCAAACAGGAUGAUGUACGUCGUUAUGUUGUCAAACGCCUCUUGCCCGCUAAGGAAGGCAAGGAGAAUGCCAAACCAAGAUAUAAGGCACCUAAGAUCCAGAGAUUAGUUACCCCUGUGGUACUCCAGCGCAGACGCCACAGACUUGCUCUGAAGAAGAAGCGUCUGGCCAAACGCAAGACCUCUGAGGCUGAAUAUGCUAAACUGCUUGCACAAAGAAAGAAGGAAUCCAAGGUGCGCCGUCAAGAGGAAAUCAAACGCAGGCGAUCAGCUUCAAUGCGCGAUUCUAAGAGCUCCAGCACGAGUGCACCGCAAAAGUGAAAGACUUUUACCAAUAAAAAUUAAAAUCUAGAAA